GACAGGUAUGUAAAUAGUCCGAGCUCUAAAUUGAGAGGAAUGGUUGUUGUUGUCGAUAUCAUGCGAGAUGCAAGAUGCGAGCUGCUCGAUCGCCCGACCGCGCUUGACCUCCACAGCAGCAGCAGCCCGGGGAGGAGGUCCUCGACAUCCUCUCUUACAACUCCAUAACAACCAGCUACCGGCAACCAGAUCAUUCCUGUCUGCCUAUAGCUCCGAGCCAUAUCAUUAAUCGGAUCAGGUCCUACCACUCCCUCGCAAAACAUUCGAUAGUUGCUCAGCGAAAUGGCAGCCGCACCUCAAGCUUACCAGGUUGCGACGCAAGAGUUUCAGAAAUUGCAACAACAGAUGGAGGCCACGAUAGCAGCUAGGCAGAAGUUGGAUUAUCAACAAUCGGAGUCAGAAUCGGUGCUCAAGGAGCUCAAAGUACUGAAACCACACAACACGGUCUACAAACUCAUCGGUCCCGGUCUCAUGCCUCAAGACCCAGAAGAGGCCAAGACGACAGUGGAGAAGCGUUUAGAGUUUAUCAAGAAGGAAAUUGACCGGAUCGAAGGACAACUCAAGGAGAUUGGCGAGAAUGCGGAGAAGAAGCGAUCAGAGGUGAGGUUGAACCCCUAAAAAUGCGUUUCCACUGUAUCGUUGUGUCAAUUCGACAAUGGCCAAGCUGACGUCCACGUCUAUGGCGGUCUUCGAUACAGAUCAUGAAGAUGCAAGCGUCGUUACAGCAACAGCAGCAGGCAGCCGUAUCGGCCUGAGUCGUCUUAAAGAUGUAGAGAGUAUGCUGAAGACGCUCGCUUGCUGAAAGACGACGGACAUGGCAAGGGCUUCGGGCAAAUGUGUAACUGUAACAAUUCACAUUCAUGAUCAUAACGAUACAAUAUAGAGCAAA